GAUGGUUUUGCCAAUGGAGAAGAAGGAACACCAACUGGGGAUGCUGUGACCAAUCAUGUUGCAGAGAGUAAAGGAGUUGUGAAAUUUGGCUGGAUCAAAGGUGUACUGGUACGAUGCAUGCUGAAUAUAUGGGGCGUGAUGUUGUUCAUCCGGUUGUCAUGGAUUGUUGGACAAGCUGGAAUCGGUUUAAGUGUUCUAGUCAUUGCAAUGGCCACUGUGGUGACAACUAUUACCGGAUUGUCUACUUCAGCCAUCGCUACAAACGGGUUUGUGAGAGGAGGAGGUGCAUACUACCUAAUAUCUCGAAGUUUGGGACCAGAAUUUGGAGGUGCAAUAGGACUGAUUUUUGCAUUUGCGAAUGCUGUUGCAGUUUCGAUGUAUGUGGUGGGAUUCGCUGAAACUGUUGUGGAAUUACUGCAGGAUAACAAUGCUAUCAUGGUGGAUGAAAUAAAUGACAUCCGAAUCAUUGGUGCAAUAACUGUUGUCAUUUUGUUGGGUAUCUCUGUAGCAGGCAUGGAGUGGGAAGCAAAAGCUCAGAUAGUACUGCUGGUGAUAUUGUUGCUGGCGAUCUGUGACUUCUUUAUAGGAACAGUCAUUCCCCUAGAGGACAAGAAGGCUAAAGGAUUCUUUGGUUAUAAAGCUGAAAUAUUCAGUGAAAAUUUUGGACCAGACUUUCGAGGUGAAGAAACAUUCUUUUCUGUCUUUGCCAUUUUCUUUCCUGCCGCAACUGGUAUCUUAGCAGGAGCCAAUAUCUCAGGUGACCUUGCGGACCCUCAACUAGCCAUACCUAAAGGAACCCUUUUGGCUAUUCUUAUAACAACUGUAGUCUACAUGGGAGUUGCAGUAUCUGUGGGUGCAUGUGUUCUUCGUGAUGCUUCAGGGAAUGUUAAUGAUACCCUUUCUGCAGCUGUGACGAACUGUACAGAUGCAGCUUGUAAAUUAAACUACAAUUUCUCAUACUGCAAACCUGACUGUCAGUUUGGACUCAUGAAUAGCUUCCAGGUCAUGAGCAUGGUGUCUGGAUUUGCACCACUCAUUACAGCUGGAAUCUUUUCUGCAACUCUCUCUUCUGCUCUUGCAUCAUUAGUGAGUGCACCAAAAGUCUUUCAGGCCUUGUGCAAGGACAACAUUUAUCCUGGUCUUCAAAUGUUUGCCAAGGGAUAUGGCAAGAACAAUGAACCACUGCGUGGCUAUCUCCUUACAUUCCUAAUUGCACUGGGAUUCAUAUUAAUUGCUGAACUAAAUGUGAUUGCUCCUAUCAUUUCAAAUUUCUUCUUGGCAUCAUAUGCCUUAAUAAACUUCUCUGUGUUCCACGCUUCACUUGCCAAGUCUCCAGGUUGGCGUCCAGCUUUUAGGUAUUACAACAUGUGGGUGUCGCUCAUCGGUGCCCUCCUUUGCUGUGGUGUCAUGUUUGUCAUCAACUGGUGGGCAGCGCUUUUAACAUACGUCAUAGUUAUUGGAUUAUAUAUAUACGUUACCUAUAAGAAGCCAGAUGUGAAUUGGGGUUCUUCAACACAAGCUUUGACCUAUCUGAAUGCACUACAACACACCGUCCGACUGGCAGGUGUGGAAGACCAUGUGAAAAACUUCAGGCCACAGUGUCUUGUUAUGACUGGUGCACCAAAUUCACGGCCAGCUCUUCUUCACUUAGUUCAUGCCUUUACAAAGAAUGUUGGCUUGAUGAUCUGUGGACAUGUGCAUAUGGUAAGAUGUACCUAUAUGUUAUUUCAUUUCUUGUUUGUAUAUUUUGUUAUAAUACGACCUGUUUUUUGUCUUUAG